AAGUUUUCCUUUUAAAUGUUUACUUUUAAAUGAGCUCUAGGCAAUUUCCUGUUUCUGAAACAGACGAAGAGAGCGGACAGUGGCAUUCUGGUUUGCUCGCUCCAUGGCAUUGAUACGCUAGGUUACUUUCAACAAUUUGGUAGAUAGCUAGCCAAUAAAUUUAGCACGUUUAGUCUGUGUAUCUAGGGUGACCAGACGUCCUCUUUAACCCGGACAUGUCCUCUUUUAGAGACCUAAAAAAGGCGUCCGGUAGGGAUUCCAAAUUCGUCCAGGAUUUUGCCUCGUUGGAUAUUUGUGUUUCUCUGUGUCUUUCUCAAACUAGUCAUUACGCUAUUAAAAGUUUUGGAAAGGGUUUUUCCCUUUCGUUUCACCUUCUUGCGCGAGGUCUGACUAGAGAGAAUUGGUAGAUCGCCUUCUCAGUGUUGCCAGAAUGCACAAUAAUUAUCCUGCAAAUACGAUCAUUUUGAGCCUUUGGGACGAUACUUUGCCAUUUCCAAUCUGCCAACACUGAGCACCUUGCCGCCUCCACGAGUUGCAUUGUUUACAACAGCACAUGACGCCUGCAGCCACGUCGAAACGUAAAUCAUCUCCACAUGUCCGUGUUCUCCCAAAGUUAUUCUCCCUGUGGUCGCUUUCUUGCUGCGGGCAACAAUUAUGGGGAGAUAGCAGUGUUCAGUCUCUCAUCGGCUCUAAGCUCGGAUGCAACGGAGUUGAGCAAGAAACCCAUCCUUACUUUUACAGCUCACGAUGGACCGGUUUUCUCUCUCAUCUCCACUGACUCUCACCUGCUCAGCACAGGCAAUGGAGAGAUCAGUGCCUGGAGCUGGGUGGAGCUUAUAAAGAGGAAUACCAAGGCUUCUUGGACAAGAAGGCCAAACUACAAAUCCAGCUUGGAGAUUCCAGAGAUUAACUCCAUGCUCAUCAAUCCUAAAGAUAACAGUCUUGUAGUUGGUGGAGGAGACAAUAACAUCCACGUAAUGGAUAUGGAGCAUGGAGUCUUCAAGUUAGUUCUUCAGGGCCACACAGACUACAUCCACUGUUUGAGUGUGAGAGAGAGGGAGGGAGAGAUUCUCUCAGGCGGAGAGGAUGGCUCUGUGAGGAUAUGGGACAGUCGGACUGGCCAAUCCGUGCACUGUAUUGAAGUUUACAAAUAUGAGACCUGUGCCCGCCCCCAGUAUGGCAAGUGGAUCUCCUGCCUUGCUACAGACUCUGACUGGAUGCUCUGUGGAGGAGGGCCAUCCCUUUCUCUCUGGCACCUUCGAUCCAUGUCUCCCACCUCUGUCUUCCCCCUAGCAGGCUGUCAGCGACAAGCAACCUUCUACCAGGACAUGAUCUUGUCUGUGGGUGAAGGCCAGUGUGUGUCCCACUGUCUUCUGGGGGGCGAAGUGAAAGCCCAGAUUCCCUGCACCCCCCACUCACUCAACACUCUGGCUUUUAACCGCAACAGCACUGAACACAGGGUGCUGACAGUAGGAGGCAGCAGUGACCAAGUAGAUGUAUUUACCAACCUGUCCUAUAGAGCAUUUUCCCUGUCCUUCUAAGGCACAUCUUACCAUAUCGUUGCAAAAUGUGUAAUCUUGCUGAAGUAAUAAAGUGCGUAUAGUAUUUAGAGUAAUCGUAUAUGGAUGGACAUUAGUUAUUAUUGGUGAAAACUGAUGUUUUUUUCUAUGAAAUAUUUGUGUACAUUUGCUUUUUAUUCUCAUGACUAAUUAUUACUGAUCAAGACUGGGGUUUUGUUAUUUUGACGACUUCUGUAAGUUCUGACGACUUUCUGGCAGAUGGACUUGGCUCUUCACCUUUAUGUAAGCAAAUCAAACUAAAGGAAUUUUAUCAGGCUGGAAAUUCCAUGAGGAAUGUUAUCGGGAUCCAAUUGUGUUGGCUGUGGGCAACUGGCGUGAGUGAAGAAGGAAAAGGAGGAGGAGGGAGGUUUUCAGAGAAAGAAGGGCACAUGAUUUAGCAGAAGCAUGUGUGAGUGACUCAACUCAGGUGUGGCCCGAGACAACGGUUCGUGGACCACGACAUUCGGAACUGUCAUUCUUCAAGAACCGCGACGUAUUGAACAUUCUUCUUCAAACGGAAGACUACACAUUCUAACUUCAGUAUUGCGAACCCAGACAUCGCCGCAUUUUGGCAGGAAACAGACAAGCUAGCCACUUCUCUUUCACCCAUAACCAAGGAGAGGAAGUGGAAUCGAGAGAUUGAGACCGGAGGCAGCUCAGUGGAUUAAACUUCUGUCAAAAAUAAGUCUAUUUUUGCUAAGAACUGCCAAUUUGUGUUCCUGUUUCCGGACAGCUAUGAUACCAACACUGGAAGAGCGUAUGGAAAAAAAGAAUGAAUCUUUAACUGUAGUUAAUGACCUCUUUAGUGCGGACAUGGAGGGAGGUGCAAUUGCUUGAUUGAAUAGUCUUGAACUGUGUAGUGGAGACUUUCAAGCAAAGUCCGUACUGCUGCUGCCAUUAAACGUGGGGAACAAAUAUUUUAAAAACCUUAGGAACUAAGUGUUAAAACAAUGCUACAGUGGACUGAGGGGAACAGAAAGAGGAGAAACUGGUCAUGUCUGACUGGAAUGAAUUGGGAAUCCCCGACAUGUGUUAGUGGGAGGAACUGGAACUGAGGUGGGAUCACAGGCCACAGACUCCAAGUUAAAGAAGACUUUGGCACUUUGGGACACGGUGUCAACGGCAAUAGUUGCACAGUGGAGAUCAAUUAGAAAUUCAACAGGAUAAAAAUAAAUACAAAUCUUCUGCCUCUGAACUGCUACAGUAUUUUACAAAAGUUAACUCUAUUGGAUCUAGGGAACACAGGAUUCUGCUGCAG